UCAUUCCAAAAUGUCUUACACAUUGGUUGGGACUGUUUGAAGCGCGAAUGAAGUAAAUAAAUGAAAACAAGAAAGCCUGAGCUUACAAAUAAAUAAAAAACUAACUUGAAGAAAUAAAUGUACACAAAUAAAAAUCAACUUUUGAGUGAGAAGCAAAUCAUUUAAUCAAUUGCAAAAGUGCCUUUAGUUGACCAAAUACAAUAAGACACUAAAAAGCGUCAAGUGACAACACACUAAUAAUAUAAUUAAAGAAAAAGAAAAAAUUGGCCACGCAUUUCAAAGUCCUAACAAAGGGCUAAACAUAACAAUUGAAUGAGAAGAUUAGUUAUUAUAACCAUAAAAAAAAAAUACUAAAUUGUUCGCGUGUCCAACAAGUGACCGUUGCUGCUUUUUUUGCUAAGCAAGGAUUAUAUAUUAAGUGGAGAAAAUACAAAUAAAAACACAAUAGUGGAAGAAAAAGAAGAGGUUAAAAUAAUCUCCCACCUCCUCGUUCCCAAUUCCCUUUCCAAAACUAUAAAUUUGUUGUUGAUAAUCGAAAAGAAAAUAUAAAAUAUUUCAUUUUAAAUCAAGCUUGAUUGACUCAAGUGAUUUCUUUAGUCGUUUUUUUUUACUGAACUUACGUAGUACGACGAACGUACGUACCUUAUCUACAUACAUCCAUACAUAUUAAAAAAAAACAACACGGUGUAUACGUGAGUGAGUGUGCUCUGCUACGACGGCAACGACGAGUGUAUAUAUGUGGUGUGCUUAUGUGUGAUUCAACAACGCAACGAAAAUAAAGCAAACAUUAAAAAAAGAGACCUAAACAACGAGAGUGAGGGAGAAGGUGCUAGCGUGAGUCAUAGCACAAUAUUUGAAGUGAAAUGAAAAUGCGGAUAAAGAGAGAAUCGCCGUGUCUAUUGCUAAGAUUUAUGCCAAUCACCAAAGUCGAAUACGGUAAUAAAAGAUCGAAAGAUAACCUGGAUACCCCCUGUGCUGAGGAGGAAUCAAACUCCUCGUCUAGUCGGCCAUCGCUGACGAGGAGUUGUAGUAGUCCUGCUGUUUAUGAUAUCGAAACACAUCCCGCCUCACCAGUUUUCCCACAUCUAUUGCUGGGCAAUGGCCGAGAUGCUGGCGAUCCCAGUAGUGUGGGCGCCAACUGUGUUUUAAACGUUACCUGCCAAGCACCGAGCAACACAAGUCAAUUGCUCGGCCUUAAGUACAUGCAAAUACCUGCCAGUGAUACACCUCAUCAAAAUAUCAAGCAAUAUUUUCAGGAAGCCUACGAUUUUAUAGAGGAUGCCCGUAAAACAGGUUCCCGGGUUUUACUCCAUUGCCAUGCGGGUAUAUCUCGCAGUGCCACAAUUGCCAUUGCUUAUGUUAUGCGUUACAAGUCGCUGUCGCUGUUAGAGGCAUACAAAUUGGUUAAAGUGGCUCGACCCAUCAUUUCACCCAAUCUUAAUUUUAUGGGCCAACUCUUGGAAUUGGAACAAAGUUUACGUCUAAGUGGCGUUUUAAAGCCCAUGUCUCCAGCCUGUGUUGGCACUUUAUCACCCCCACCACCAACAACACCAUCUAGUCAAAAUGAUGUAUGCGAAAAUAAUGGCUUCUCUCCAGCGAUUGCGGCGACGAGCAUAACAAAGUGCGACGAUGAUAGUCAAUGCAUUGAAAUGGACGAGUGUGACAGUGGUCACAGUAGUGGCGGCAGCAGUAAUUGCUCAUCCAGGUUAACAUCACCACCCAUAACGCCCGAGGAUGAAACACCUUGCACCUCAGCAUCUGCUGCCUGCUCAUCGGCCACAUCCACAUCAUCGUUGCUGUCACCGACAUCGACAACCACAUCGUUUCUAUGCGCCACCCGCCCUGCACGAUUCAAACGCAACUCACCGGCGAAAUUGAGGCUUAACCUACAAUCGACCUAUGCACCCAUACCUAAGUCUUUAUCCUGCAUGACAAUUCACAGCGCCGGCAUCAGUCCGAUAUGUAAGGAAGCACCUGUAACACCCUCGUGCGAAAUGGUCAACAUGAGCUUUAGUAGCAGCAACAAUAACAUCAGUAGUAACAGUAGUGACAAUCAUACUGAUUGAAACGUUCACAUGGUACACACACAGAACCUUGUACAUACAAAUGUAACUACUUAGUAGCAGCAGUUCCUGUUUUUUAGCAACAAUCCAGAAAUUAGAAAUUACUGCAAUGACAUUUUGCUGAAUUGAAAACCAAAACCAACAAUGGAUACAAUUACAACACACCGCCGCCACCACAGACCCACUCGCUCACAACAUAUACACAAAUAGAUGGUACAUCAAUAUAUAUAUAUAUAUAUAUGUAUGUGUGAAUGUGAUAAUGACAAACACAAACCUCCAUGCGUAUCAACAUUUUAAUUGAAGUGUUAUCAACCAACAUUCAGAUUUGAAUUCUGAGAUAUGUAUUCUAAGCAUAGAAGCACUUUGGCUAUUACUUCCUUAACUUGAAAUUGCUUUCGUUGUCAAUUAUUUAUGUGUAGCCCAUUCAGUGUACCCCCAAAACUGAGUUUAAAGGCAUGGGGGGUUCCAAGUGAAUAAUAAAUGCGGGCAGAUCGCCGAAGCGAGCUAGAUAAAGCUCCCAUAGAUAGGAAGGGAGAAGGAGGAGGGUUUCCAAUCAAUUAUGUAUCCGUUGCGUAUGUCAUUCUAAUAUAUAUAAAUAGACAAAACUGUUUUAAGUUUUAAAAAACUGAUUUAAAAGUGUAACUAUGUCGUCGUACAAUAACAAAACCAACAAAAAUAAACAGCACAUGUACCCACACACACACACACACCCAAACACACAUAAAAUUCAUGAUUUGUACAUGCGAUUUCAUUAAAGAUCAACACACACUCACAUCACCCACAUCAACACCAAACAGCCAGCCUACCACCCAUUUUUGGCAAAAUUUUAAUAUGAAAAAUCUAACUAAACUAAAAAAAAUGAAGCAAAUUACAAUUUUAGGACUUGAAGUAGCUUAUCCAUAGGCAAAACCACUAAACAAAACAGAGGACAUGAAAUCGUUUUAUUAAUUAUAAUUGUUAGUUUAUAGUUAUGACUAAUUUAUCUGACCCUACCUACCCAUCCCUUUCCUGAAACCCUAAACCUGAGAAGUAUUUACAUCUAUGCAUGGAUAUGUGUACAAAAGAGCAUUUUCAUCAUCUUGACAAUUGUGGUUACAAAGCCAACUGGGUGAUCAAUUGAUUAUCAGCACAUAUCUACUGUGUAGAGGUAUAUAUUUAUUAUAAGGUUAAAACUCUGUAUGUAAAUAGAACUACGUGUGGAUAAAAUAUAUAUUUAUGAAUAUAAAUAAAUAUACUUCAUACUUUUGCGAAACAAAAGCGCAACCAACAAACAAACAAACAAAUACAACAACACAUAUUCGAGCAGCAGCGAUAUUUGUGAAACAAUUUAUAUACUAGAAUCUAGAUAUUUUAAUUGAAAUAUAAAGAAAUUUAAAAAGUUAGUCCUUAAGUCAUUAUUUACAAUAUGAUUAUUGGCGCAUAAAAUAAAUACAUAGACAUUGCAUUCAUAUACAUACUACAUCAACUAUAUUAUACACAAGAAUGUUACCUUUGUAUGUAUGUAUACAUGUAUGUACUCUAUGUAUUUGAGAAUGAAUAUAAGAAAAGAAUAACAAGAAAUUGACUUAAAAUAUAAACAAAAAAAUAUAUAAUACACCAAAAUAUAUUGUUUCUUUUCUAUACCCUCCACCAUAGGUUGG